UGCCGUCCACGUUUCUUUUCUCUGAGCUGUCUUCUCUCUUCUUUUGUCUCUUUUCUUCUUUUUAAAGUUAUUAGUGUAGCCUUCUAGUAAGUAUGGACGAGACAGAUGGAGGAGCCUAUUAUGAUGAUGAAGAUGACGAGAUAUCUCCUGAUCUAUGGCAGGAAGCUUGUUGGAUUGUCAUCAGUUCUUAUUUUGAUGAGAAGGGGCUGGUGAGGCAGCAGUUGGACUCGUUUGACGAGUUCAUUCAAAUGUCUGUCCAAAGGAUUGUUGAAGACACGCCUCCUCUUGAACUCCAGGCCGAAGCUCAAUAUGAUGACAGCGACACACCUCCGAAAUACUCCUUGAAGUUUGAGCAGAUUUACCUUUCCAAGCCCACCCACUGGGAAAAAGACGGCAAAGCAGUUUACCUCAUGCCGAACGAAGCAAGACUAAGAAACUUAACGUACUCCGCCCCACUUUAUGUUGACGUCAAGAAGACUAUCAUAUAUGAAGAUGAAGAUUCUAAGGAGGAUCCUCACCCGAAAACCUUCAUUGGGAAGAUACCAAUAAUGCUUCGUUCAACUUACUGCCUCUUGAGUCAGCUGACUGAUCGAGACUUGAACGAACUGAAUGAGUGCCCCCUUGACCCCGGGGGGUAUUUUAUAAUAAAUGGGUCCGAGAAAGUCUUAAUCGCUCAAGAGAAGAUGGCUACCAAUACGGUGCACGUAUUCUCAAAAAAAGAAUCCAAAUACGCCCACACAGCUGAGAUAAGGUCCUAUAUAGAGAACUCUAGUCGUCCUGUUAGUACCCUAUGGGUCAGUCAGCUCUCCAGGGGAGGGACGGGCGUUAAAAAGAGUGCUAUCGGUCAGAAGAUUGUAGCCACGCUCCCUUACAUCAAGCAGGAGAUACCCAUCAUGAUAGUGUUUCGUGCUCUGGGGUUUGUGUCCGAUAGAGAUAUCCUGGAGCAUAUUAUUUAUGACUUUACUGACAUUGAAAUGAUGGAGAUGCUCAAGCCUUCAUUGGAUGAAGCUUUUGUCAUUCAGGAGCAAAACGUAGCAUUAAACUUUAUAGGAGUGAGGGGAGCUAAGCCUGGUGUCACUAGGGAAAAACGUAUUAAAUAUGCUAAAGACAUACUCCAGAAAGAGCUCCUCCCUCAUGUGGGCGUGUCUAGUUUCUGUGAGACUCGGAAAGCGUAUUUUCUUGGGUACAUGGUCCAUCGACUGCUCCAGGCAGCACUGGGUAGGAGGGAACUGGACGAUAGGGAUCACUAUGGAAACAAGAGACUGGAUCUUGCUGGGCCUUUGCUGGCCUUCCUCUUUAGAGGGUUGUUUCGUAACCUAACAAAGGAAGUUAGACUCUAUGCCCAAAAGUUUAUUGACAAAGGACGGGAUUUUAAUUUAGAGUUGGCAAUUAAGACAAAGACUAUUACCGACGGUCUCCGUUAUUCUCUAGCCACUGGUAACUGGGGCGAUCAGAAGAAAGCCCAUCAAACAAGAGCUGGAGUAUCACAAGUGCUGAACAGGCUGACCUUUGCCUCCACUUUGUCUCACCUGAGACGUCUCAACUCUCCAAUCGGUCGCGACGGGAAACUGGCUCGUCCUCGUCAGCUCCACAACACUCACUGGGGGAUGAUAUGUCCUGCAGAGACACCCGAGGGACAUGCUGUUGGUCUGGUAAAGAACUUGGCCCUCAUGGGGUACAUCAGCGUAGGGUCUCAACCAGCUCCAAUAUUAGAGUUCUUGGAGGAAUGGUCUAUGGAGAACCUUGAGGAGAUCACACCAUCUGUCAUUGCAAACUCAACAAAGAUAUUUGUCAAUGGGAAUUGGGUUGGCAUUCACAGAGAGCCUGAGCACCUCAUGACCACACUGAGAAGACUGAGAAGACAAAUGGACAUUAUUGUAUCAGAGGUGUCUAUGGUACGGGAUAUUAGGGAGAGAGAAAUAAGAAUAUUCACUGAUGCCGGUAGGAUAUGUCGUCCGCUUCUCAUCGUUGAGAAUCAGAAACUGCUCCUCAAGAAGCAUCACAUUCAGAUGCUCAAGGAGAGAGAGUACAAUAACGCUAGUUGGCAGGAUUUGGUAGCUGGGGGUGUGGUCGAAUAUAUCGACUGUCUUGAGGAGGAGACUGUCAUGAUUGCAAUGACUCCUGACGACCUCUCAACUGAAGGAGGAGCCUCUUAUUGUUCCACUUAUACUCACUGUGAGAUACACCCAGCCAUGAUACUAGGUGUGUGUGCUAGUAUUAUCCCAUUCCCUGAUCACAAUCAGUCUCCUCGUAAUACCUACCAGUCUGCUAUGGGUAAACAGGCCAUGGGCGUGUACAUCACCAACUACCACGUGCGUAUGGAUACCCUCGCCCACGUACUUUAUUACCCACAAAAACCUCUUGUAACGACCCGUUCCAUGGAAUACCUUAGAUUCAGAGAACUGCCAGCAGGUAUUAAUGCUAUAGUGGCAAUAGCCUCAUAUACUGGAUACAACCAGGAGGACUCUGUCAUUAUGAACGCUUCUGCUAUUGACAGAGGAUUGUUCAGGUCUGUUUUCUAUCGCUCAUAUAAAGAUGAAGAAUCAAAGAGAGGAUUUGAUCAGGAAGAGGUUUUUGAAAAACCUACAAGAGAUACUUGUGCAGGUAUGCGUAAUGCAGCAUAUGACAAGUUAGAUGAGGAUGGUAUAAUAGCCCCUGGUCUUAGGGUCAGUGGGAAUGAUGCUAUUAUUGGUAAGACUAUAUCCCUCCCUGAAAACGAUGACGAGCUUGAGGGAGCUCCUAAGAGGUAUCAGAAACGAGACGCUAGCACUUUCCUGAGAGCCUCAGAAACCGGAAUUAUUGACCAAGUAAUGCUCUCGUUGAAUCAAGAUGGUUACAAGUUCUGUAAGAUAAGGGUACGCUCAGUUAGGGUCCCUCAAAUCGGUGACAAGUUUGCUAGUCGUCACGGACAAAAGGGAACGUGUGGAAUCACUUACAGACAAGAGGACAUGCCGUUCACGUGUGAGGGUUUAUCUCCUGAUGUCAUCAUUAAUCCUCAUGCCAUUCCUUCUCGUAUGACAAUCGGUCAUUUGAUCGAGUGUCUUCAGGGAAAGGUAUCUGCUAAUAAAGGUGAGAUUGGUGACGCCACUCCAUUUAACGACGCAGUGAACGUUCAAAAGAUAUCAGAGCUCCUUAAUGAGUACAAUUAUCAUUUAAGAGGAAACGAGGUACUUUACAAUGGUCACACAGGUCGUAAACUGAAUACUCAAGUCUUCCUUGGUCCUACGUAUUACCAGAGACUCAAGCACAUGGUGGAUGAUAAAAUCCACUCGAGAGCACGAGGACCCGUGCAAAUAUUAACAAGACAACCUAUGGAGGGACGAUCAAGGGACGGUGGUCUUAGGUUUGGUGAAAUGGAACGGGAUUGUCAAAUAGCUCACGGAGCUGCUCAGUUCCUCCACGAAAGGCUCUACACUGUCUCUGAUGCGUACAAGAUCCACCUCUGCAAUCUCUGUGGUCUCAUCGCCAUUGCCAACCUUCAGACCAACUCCUUUGAGUGUAGAGGCUGCAAGAACAAGACCCAGAUAUCACAGAUUGAGAUACCCUACGCUUGCAAGCUUCUCUUCCAAGAGCUCAUGUCAAUGUCUAUUGCCCCAAGGAUUAUGACUGCCUCUUCUUAGGAUGGAAGGGGAUUAUAUUUGCAAUUUUUCAUUCGUUUUUCUUCAAUAACAUUUUCCACCACACCACUACUACAGUGCAACAAUUAUGUGCAGCACAUAAAGCAUGAAUUCUCUCUUCUUUUCUCUUGAGCAGUAUAGCUCCACUUACUUUUACUGCUACUAAUCUUUGUCAUACUUUACACUUUAUAAAUUAAUGUCAGAAUAAUACCACUGAGUUACUUUCAACUGUCUACAUAUUUUGGCAAUUGUA